AUGGCUCAACUCUUGAACAGCAUACUCACCGUGAUCGAGGUGUUCCAGAAAUAUGCCAAAGAGAAUGAGGACUGUGCUUUGCUGUGCAAGAAGGAGUUGAAGCAGCUGCUCUUGACUGAGUUCGGAAACAUCCUCCGGAGACCAAAUGACCCAGAGACUGUGGAAACCAUUCUGAACCUCUUGGAUAAAGACAGAAAUGGAUUUGUUGAUUUUCAUGAAUAUCUCUUGUUGGUGUUCCAGUUGGCUCAAGCUUGCUAUCAUAAGGUGGAAAAUGAGUCAUGUGGAGAUAGAACGUCCCAGCAAGAAGAGGAGCAGGAGAGAACACAAGACCAUAAGUUUUCAGGAAAUACAGGCAGACAACAUAGGCAGAGGCAUGAGGGAGGGAAGCAGGACUCCCACCACAGUCAGUCUGAGAGACAAAAGCAGGAUAACUGCCAGGAUCAGUCUGAGGGAAAAGAUAGGGAUGCCCACCAUGGUCAGUCUGAGAGACAGGAUCAUGACUCCCACCACGGUCAGUCUGAGAGGCAGGAUCAUGACUCCCACCACGGUCAGUCUGAGAGACAGGAUCAUGACUCCCACCACGGUCAGUCUGAGAGACAGGAUCAUGACUCCCACCAUGGUCAGUCUGAGAGGCGAGGUCAGAACUCCAGCUCUGGACAAAGACUGAGUCAUAAAUCUAGCAGUGGCCAGCCUAAAGGACAAGGGUAUUUCUUGGCCUUAAAUCUGUGUAAGAAACAAGUUCAGAAUUCUCAUAGUGGCCAGCCUGAAAGGCUUAGAGGACAAUCAAACAGACAAGGCCAGAGUUCCCACUAUGGUCAGGCAGACAGACAACACCAGAGUUCCCACUAUGGUCAGGCAGACAGACAGGGCCAGAGCUCCCACUAUGGUCAGGCAGACAGGCAAGGCCAGAGCUCCCACUAUGGUCAGGCAGACAGACAAGGCCAGAGUUCCCACUUUGGUCAGACAGACAGACAAGGCCAGAGCUCCCACUAUGGUCAAACAGACAGACAAGGCCAGAGCUCCCACUAUGGUCAGGCAGACAGACAGGGCCAAAGCUCCCACUAUGGUCAGGCAGACAGGCAAGGCCAGAGUUAUCAUUAUGGUCAGACAGACAGACAAGGCCAGAGCUCCCACUAUGGUCAGGCAGACAGACAGGGCCAGAGUCAUCAUUAUGGUCAGACAGACAGACAAGGCCAGAGUUCCCACUAUGGUCAGGCAGACAGACAGGGCCAGAGCUCCCACUAUGGUCAGGCAGACAGGCAAGGCCAGAGCUCCCACUAUGAUCAGGUAGACAGACAAGGCCAGAGCUCCCACUAUGGUCAGACAGACAGGCAAGGCCAGAGCUCCCACUAUGGUCAGGCAGACAGGCAAGGCCAGAGUUAUCAUUAUGGUCAGGCAGACAGACAAGGCCAGAGCUCCCACUAUGGUCAGACAGACAGACAAGGCCAGAGUUCCCACUAUGGUCAGGCAGACAGGCAAGGCCAGAGUUAUCAUUAUGGUAAGACAGACAGACAAGGCCAGAGUUCCCACUAUGGUCAGGCAGAGAGACAAGGCCAGAGCUCCCACUAUGGUCAGGCAGACAGGCAAGGCCAGAGUUAUCAUUAUGGUCAGGCAGACAGAAAAGGCCAGAGCUCCUACUAUGGUCAGACAGACAGACAAGGCCAGAGCUCCCACUACGGUCAGGCAGACAGGCAAGGCCAGAGUUCCCACUAUGGUCAGGCAAACAGACAAGGCCAGAGCUCCCACUAUGGUCAGACAGACAGACAAGGCCAGAGCUCCCACUAUGGUCAGUCAGAAACUGGGGAAACUGGGCAAAAUAAGUACUUCCAAGGGAGUGAGGGAAUAAGCAGAGGCUCAUAUGUUGAGCAAUCAGAAAGGUCAGGGAGACCAAGUCAACAGACUCAAGAACAAAAAAUGAACCAAAAUCAGGGACAGAGAUUUCAGUCUAGGAUAGGGCAGCAGGACAGUCACCAGGCAUGGGAGCCUGAGGAGGACAGCCAACACCACCAACACAAACUUGUAGCACAAAUCCAGCAAGAAAGGCCACAAUGUCACAAAGACAGUGACAGACAAUCUUGCAGUAGUGAGAAGGGUCACAGUCAGGCCCAGACCAGGGAGAGUCAUGGUGAGGGGCAGAGCCACCAGGCAGAGGAAAAGCAGGACCACCAAAUCUGGGGUAGACAUAGUCAUAAGGAUCAGAACAUUUUACAUGAGAUACGGGAUGAGGAAACCCAUGAAGAGGAACAAAAAUAUCAAACACAGGACAAGCAAACCCAUGAAGAGAAACAAAGCCAUCAGAAAUGGGACAGGCAAACGCAUGAAGAUGAGCAGAACCGUCAGAGACAAGACAGGCAAACUCAUGAAGAAGAUCAAAACUGUCAGCGACAACGGAAUAGGGAAACCCAUGAGAAGAAAGAAAGAUAUCAAGGGUCCCAAGAUCAACAAUCCCAUGGGACCCAGAGAGGCUGUGCUAACCAAGAAAAAUUCUGCAUGAAUGAGGAUGGCCAGAGCCAAGGCUCCCAGGGAAGACACAGUGACCUGGCCUUCCAUCCAACUCAGAGCAGUGGGCGGCCCCAAAAAAGAGAAGAGGGAGGAAGUCACCCUCUUGCUCCUAACCAUCUCUUUAACUAUAUACAAGAGCAGAGAGCACAUUGGUACUAG